UUUUGAAAAUGGAACACCUCCAUUUUCUAUGUAAUCGCGAAUGAAAUAUGCAUUAAACUCGUUUCUGUGUAGAAUCUAAAGUUUAUGCGUGUUAGGUUUUAGCGGCAGACAAAAGAGCAGAAUCACCCCCUAACCAUGGCGACCAAACCAGCUGCUGAAUCUGUGCAAUGCUUCGGAAGGAAGAAGACAGCGGUGGCUGUCACUCACUGCAAACGCGGAUGCGGUCAGAUCAAGCUCAACGGUUGCCCUAUCGAGCUCUUCAACCCCGAGAUCCUCCGAUUCAAGAUCUUCGAGCCGGUCCUUCUCCUCGGGAAGCACCGUUUCGCUGGCGUGGACAUGAGGAUUCGCGUCAAUGGCGGUGGUCACACUUCCCAGGUCUACGCCAUCCGUCAGAGUAUCGCUAAGGCGCUUGUGGCGUUUUACCAGAAGUACGUGGAUGAGCAGUCGAAGAAGGAGGUGAAGGAUAUCUUGAUUAGGUAUGAUAGGACUCUGCUCGUGGCGGAUCCGAGGAGGUGCGAGCCGAAGAAGUUUGGUGGUCGUGGUGCUCGUUCUCGUUUCCAGAAGAGUUACCGUUAAGAGCUUGGUUUUGGUUUUGUUUCGAUCUUUGCAAGGUUUGUUUCAUUUUUGGGAGUGAUGAGAAUGAUGGAGUUGUGAGACUUUUUAGAUUAUCAUUUUCAGUUAUUAUGCUUUAUUUGGAUUAUGUUUGACGAUGUUUACCUCUUUGCUAUCAGAAAAAGUUUUCAUAUUUACUUCUCUUGUCCUGAAAUCCAUGGCAAUUGGCAUUGUUUGAUCACUGAUUAGGUUAGUUACUUAUAAUCUGCAUUUCCGCUAGAAAUGCUUGGGCUUGUUGUUGAGUUCUUAGAUGUUUGUGGCUUGUUGAUAUGACUAAGAUGGAAUAAUUGAUCGGACAUCUGAAACCGGUGACCUUUGUCUGUAAGAAUAGAAUUUGAGGGCUAGUUUAUAUGUCCACCCCUGGUUGAACAUUUCAAGUUUCUUCAUUUGCUGUCAAGUAGAGAACUUUUGGUCUCAGAUUCUGUGACGUAGCGCUUCCAUGACCUCUUACUUUCAGAACCAAAUUUGCCAUCGUCCAAAUUGGUUUGUUGGGGGGGGCGCAUACUUGCCAUCAUCCCCGCUUUACGGGAAAGGAACUCACAAAUUUCUUCAAAUAAAGCUCUUCACAAAACCACGUAAAAUAAUGUUAACCAAAAUAGCCGGCGAGUCUUCUCAAAACUCGUUUAUAGUUCUGAUUCCACUAAUCAAAAUAUCCAAACUGGUUAGUUGGUCCAAGCGGGUAUGACGCGGCGAAUCUAUACAAAAGGGAAUAGCCGUUUCUUGGGUUUAACGUCUCUUUCUCAGGUUUGGGGUGUUCGAGUAUUCACGUAUUGAAAUAUGUUAUGAAAUCGUGUCUUUAUUGAUACAAUAUAAUGAGUAUAUAUACAAUAUAUGAGAUCCUAAGUUAGCUAGGUAAAGAUACAAUAUAGAUAAGGCUAAAUCAUAUAUAUUAUUAGGAAUAGGAAAUCUUCAUGCCUAUCCCUUUGCCCUCCAAAAGUUUGUCGGAGCUCACGAACACUUCCACGAUUUAUCGGAAACCCUCUGCCCUCCAAAAUCCAAGUGCAUCUCAUUUCUAAUUCAUCAAAGCUUUUGUAUUUCUCUGUGCGUCUCUUUUCUUGGGGUCUGUCAAACGUAAUCUAUCUUCCCAGCCAACCAGUGGAAUCUCUCACUGUUCAAAAUCGCGGAUAAGCCUAUCCAAAACCUUGAACCAGAAAAUUUGUUUACAAUUCAACGAGAAAUAAGAAAAAAGGGAGGGAGCAGUUCAUAAUUAAUGGGAAGUUGAAGGAUUACCUAAAUUUAUUAAUAGUUAGCAUCAAUGAAUUUUCCAUGAAUCUCCUCUCAACUUGAAUCUUCCUCUCCAUUUGUACAUGUCAUUGUUGUUAUUUCUCUCUUUUCUCGAAAUCAUUAUUGUGAUCCUGCUCUUCAGUUACUUGUGUGCUCUCCCUAUUCAUGGCUUCUUCUCUCACUUGGAAGCAUGAUAUCUUCCCGAGCUUCUGUGGAGGAGACGUGCGCAAAAAAAUUCUCAGUCGCUUACUGGAAAAGCUCAGAAGCAAUGGAAUCAGUCCUUUCAUUGAUAACGACAUUCAGCGAGGCCAGUCUAUCGGUCCGGAGCUCAAACAAGCGAUCAGAGAAUCAAGGGUUGCUGUUUGUUGUCUUGCUAUCCAGUAACUAGGCUUCUUCAAGCUGGUGUUUGGAUGAGUUAGUGGAAAUCAUGAAGGGAAGGAAAAAGGAGCCAGAUGAGUUGGAGGAAAUCAAGGAGGGCAGAGAAAGGGUUCAACAAACAUUGAUAACUAUUUUCUACGAAGUGGAGCCAUCUGAUGUUAGGAACCAGACCGGAGUUUUCGGAGAGGCCUUUGCCAAAACCUGUGAUGGAAUACCAGAAGAUGUGAAGCAGGCAUGGAGGCAAGCUUUGAAAGCUGUCGCAAAUAUAGCUGGCUAUCACUCUCGCAUCUGGGACAAUGAAGCUAAGAUGAUCGACAAAAUUUUUGGACAUCUUAUGAAAGUGUUGGUGUUUACACCAUCAAAAGAUUUUGAUGACUUUGUUGGCAUGGAAGCUCGUAUCAAGGAGAUAAAGCUGUUGUUGAGCCAACAAUCCGAUGAUGACGUUAAGAUCAUAGGGAUCGUGGGUCCUGCUGGGAUUGGUAAAACGAGCGCUGCCAGAGUUUUGUACAACCGGUUCUCUCUUGAUUUUGAGUUCAGCACGUUUAUUGAGGAUAUCAGGGGGAGUAGUGAGAUGCCUUCUCUCGGUGGCUCCCAUCAUAAGUAUCAGUUGGAUUACCAGAAAGAAUUACUGUAUAGGAUUUUCAACCAAAAGGAUAUUAAGGUUGAUCACUUGGGACUGGCUAAGCAAAGGCUAAGAGACAAAAGAGUGUUGAUUGUUCUUGAUGAAGUGGAUUGCUUGUUGAAACUAGAGGCAAUGGCAAACAAGCCUGAUUGGUUUGGUCCCGGAAGUAUGAUUAUCAUUACAACCGAAGAUAGAAUUAAACCUUCUCAAACAACAAAUGAUCAAAUGUAUUUACGAUAUGAAACUUCCAGGUAUAGUUGAGGCAUUUGAGAUCUUCUGCCAAUAUGCUUUUCGUCAAAAAACUCCAGAUGCUGGUUUUUAUGGGCUUGCUUGGGAAGUUACUGAACUUGCUGGUCGUCUUCCUCUAGGUCUGAAAGUCUUGGGAUCGUAUCCAGGGACGAGUGGAAAAAUGCGAUACCAAGGCUCAAGUCUAGCCUUGACAAAGGAAUUGAAUCAAUUCUAAUGUUUUGGCUACAACAGCUUAAAUGAUGAUAAAGAUAAAACUCUUUUUCUGUAUAUUGCAUGUUUCUUUUUGGUUUUGAGGUUGAUAGCGUUAAACGUUGUCUUGAAGAUUGUGAUUUGGAUGUGGACCAUGGGCUUCAUAACUUAGAGCAGAAAAGUCUCAUAUCCAUUGAAUACGGAUAUUUAGAGAUGCAUAGAUUACUGCAACAAAUGGGUAGAGAUAUUGUGAAGAAAAUGACGGAGGAGAUUGGAAAGCGACAGUUCUUGACGGAUACAAAGGAUAUUUCUGAUUUACUUGAAGAUGAAGAUACUGGUACUACUGGAAACAAAGUUAUAGGCUUAAAGCUAAAACUGUUCAUGUCAUGGAUAGAGAAGGAUCUCAGAAUAAGUAAAAGUGCCUUCAAAGGGAUGAAGAAUCUCCAGUUUCUAGUAAUCGACUCUAGGAACGUGCGCAUACCCAAAGACCUCAGCUGUCUUCCCAACAAACUCAGAUUUCUAGAGUGGCAUAACUAUCCAUUGACUUUUUUGCCUUGCAAGUUUUCUGGCAAGUUUCUUGUCGAACUGAUCAUGACAGACAGCAAACUUAAGAAGCUUUGGGAUGGAAUCAAACCUCUCCUACGUCUCAAGCGGAUGGUUUUGAGGGGGUCUCGGUGUCUGAAAGAGAUUCCGGAUCUCUCAGAUGCGACGAGUCUCGAGGAACUAGAUCUCGAUGAUUGCCAAGGUUUGUUAGAGCUCCCAAGCACGAUUGGCAAUGCCACUAAGCUUAAAAGGUGCAUACUUAGCCGUUGCUUUCUUUUGAAGAAGCUCCCCUCUUCUAUGGGUAGGUUAAUCAAUCUCGAGGAACUAGAUCUCGACGAGUGCGAAAGCUUGUUAAAGCUCACAAGCACUAUUGGCAAUGCCACUAAGCUUAAAAGGUGCAUACUUAGCGGCUGCGUUCUUUUGAAGAAGCUCCCCUCUUCUAUGGGUAGAUUAAUCAAUCUCGAGGAAUUGGAUCUCAUACAGAGCACGGGUUUGAAAGAACUCAGUGGUUUCUCGAGUCUGGAAAAACUCAGUGGUUGCUCGAGUUUGAAAACACUCAAUCUGAGCUGGACUGGAAUAUGGGAAGUGCCGUCACCAAUCAGAUUUAAUUGGUCUUGUCUUAAUAAAUUGGAUAUGUCUGGGCGUAGAAACCUCAAGGAGUUCCCAAAUGUUCCUGACAGCAUUGUAGAGUUGGUGUUGUGCAAGACAAGUAUCGAGGAAAUUCCUCCAUGGAUUGAGAAUCUGUCUCGUCUGCGCAAACUAAUCAUGUAUGGAUGCGAGAAGCUGAGAAAGAUAUCUCGGAACGUUUCUAAGUUAGAGAAUCUUGAGUUUCUUGGUCUACGUAACAGUGGCGAAAGUGAGGAUGAUGAUGUGGGUGUAAAUGAAGAUCAUCCUGACAUAUUUGAAGCAGUAUUCAAGUGGGGGGACCCUCACUUGAAGCGCGGUUGGACAUUACUAUCAGACUUAGAGGUUGACUACAUUUUAUCGAGAUGUCUACCCGCGAAGGCGCUAUCAUUAUGUUUAAGGAGUUACGGUAUCUACGCUAUUCCAGAUUGCAUCAGAAGCCUCUCGGGACUCAUUAAGCUUGACGUCAAAGGAUUCAGAGUGCUCGAAGCACUUCCACCCCUUCCAGAUUCCCUUCUAUGUAGAUGCAGAAGACUGUGUAGAAUUGAAGAGAAUAAAAUCUUCUUUUCAAAAUUCCAAUAUUUGCCUAAACUUUGCCGGCUGCCUCAGCCUGAAUCAAAACGCUAAAGAGCUCAUCCACACAUCAGACUGCAAAUAUGCGCUCCUACCGGGUGAAGAAUUGCCUGGACACUUCCCUCACCAAGCUGGCUUCAGGUUCCCUAACGAUCAAUAUGACACCAAGACCUCUUCCUUCAUCCUUGAAAUUCAAAGCUUGUGUCUUGCUGUCAACAUUCGAUAGUUUCGAAGAUGACACUCUACUGAUGGGUGGUGUUGUUUGUCGUAUCAUGGGUAAACAGAAUGGCCUCACUGUCCAAUAUGGAUCAAACUAGCACCAUCUGCCAUGGCGAGUUAUCAGAUUUGAAGAUCAUCUGUAUAUAUUUGAAGAUUCUUUCUGUCUAAAAGAGGAUUGCCCUGAAGCCGGAGAAGCCACUUUGAGCGAGCUUGUGUUUGAGUUCCUAGUCCAUGGCAACAUCUGGACGGUGAAAGGCUGCGGUGUACAACUUUUGUUCCCUGGUUCUAGGAUUGACGAAAAUGCAGUUGAUAAUGUUGUUGAUGAUGAUGGGAACGAAGUUGAAAGUGAUAUAAAGGAUGAUGCAGAUAAAACUCAAGAAGGAGAAGAAUCUAGACAUGAUGAUGACGCAGAGACAAGAAGCAAGAAACGAAUGAGGUUCAGCCCUUCUGUAGGUAUAUGAGAUUGUCAUGCUGUUAUUUACUUUUCAUAAACAUAUGAAGAUGAAUGAUUGUAGGUUUUGUAAAGGAAAGAUUUCUGGAUUGAAAGUUCUUGUUGUUCCUGAUUAUGUUGAUAAAAUAAAACAACUUGGUGUCA